UACCAGCCAAUCAGCGAGAAGCGGCUCCUUCCUACGAGGAAAUCUGCUGAAAAUCGGGAGCUACAGCAGAAACAGAUGCAAAGACUACUUUAUAUCAGACACUUACAGUCAUAGAAGGUGUUAUCAUUAGAGGAGGUCUCUGUCAGCGCUCUCUGUGGAGACUAUCCGGGGGGUUUGCGAGAUGAGGAGGCAGACCUCACAGCCGGGACAUGUGCCCCAAAGUGAGCAGCAACAGCAGGCCACAAAUGGGAGCAAUGUGUCGUCCAGCAACACUAUGCCAAGUCUGGAGAACAAGCUCCUCUCUCAGACCUCCUCUUCCCUUUCUCUGCAGCCCACCAGCCUGUCCUCCACCUCAUCCUCCCUUUUCUCUACCUCAUCCCCCUUGUCUCUCCUCAGCACUGAGAACAAACUUCUAGCUAGUCACAACCAGUCACCUCUUUUGUCUUCUUCUCUGCCCCCUUAUGCAUCUGUCCCUAAAAGCUCCCUGCGGUCAGCAUCCACGUCAAAAGGUCGCCAUGUCCGUCCUUCUUCUGUCCUCACUCCUGUUUUGGGUGGAGAACAGAGGAGCAAGGAUGGAGGAGAUGAAGGUAGAGAGGAUACACCUGAAGUGAUGGAGUCCUCUUUUGAAGAGGCACAUGUGAUGCAUCCUGUGGACGAUGAAUGUUUGUCUGAAGAGGAGGAUGUGGAGGAGGAUAACGCCGAAUCACCCAUGGAUUUUGGCCUCGGAGCAGAUUUGGGUAACCAAAUACCCGAUCACUCUGUGGUCAUCAGACAGGAGGAAUUUGCUGAACUCGACAGGAGAAAUGAGCAAAUCGAAGAGGAGCUGAAGAAUAAAAAAUAUCUCUUGCUAAACGCUGUGUGCUGCUCCCUGAUCAGUAAGAUGAUAAAUCCUGGUGAGAAGGACUGGGACUCAGAGGACAGUGCCUGGACCAGGAUCAUGAACCUGUCGAAGGACAUUUCUGCCUCUGAUCCUCAGUUUCUCCUAAAGGUUGCAGUUUACACUCGACAGGAGCUGAACAUCCGCAUCACAGCAAACUUCUUAUUGGCUCUGGCUGCCAAUCAGCCGUCCACAAAGCCACAUGUCCGCAGAUACUUCUGUGCUGCCGUACAGCUGCCCUCUGACUGGCUGGAGGUUGUCAGGAUCUACAGUACAUGCUUCAGCCGCUCUCUGCCGAUGUGCCUGAAGAAGGCAAUGGCUGACAAAUUCAAGCAGUUCAACGAGUACCAGCUGGCUAAAUACAACACACGCAAACACCGCUGUAAACACACCCGCAACACACCAAAAAACAAGAAACCAAACAAUGAGCAGCUGAAACAGUGGGCGAGCUUGCUGCGAUCAGAUCAAACUAUUCUGUCCAAGUUUCUGCAGGCAGAAGGCAGCAGAAAGGUGGUGGAUAAAAAGCAGAGUGAGUUCAGUAUGAAGAAGAUGAUCAAGAAGCUUCACCUUAAAGAACCAGCUGAACAUGUGAUGGCCAUCCUGGGAAGAAAGUAUCCUGCUGAUGUGAAGUCUUUCACUAAAAGUGGGAUGAAGGGCAAGUGGGACAGGGAGCGAGCCGGGCAGCGCAUGAAGCUAAAAGAGCCGGAGACGUGGGAACGGCUGCUCAGUCUGGAGGGAAACAAGGCUGCUACCUGGGAGAAACUCAUCGACAAGAAGUCUCUUCCGUUCAUGGCCAUGCUGAGGAACCUGAGGAACAUGAUCACUAAAGGCAUCAGUGAGGCUCACCACAACAAGAUCCUCAGCAGACUCACCAACAAGAAAGCUGUUAUUCAGAGCCGACAGUUUCCAUUCAGAUUCCUCGCCGCCUAUAAAGUCAUCAUGCAGCUUCAAAAGUUGGCUUCAGCGUCACAGCAGGCCCUCCCGCCUGUCAAAGACAUCCUGAAGGACAUUGUGAAGAAGAUCCCUAAGAGCAAACGCUUCAAAAAACUGGACUGGGACACGACUGUGAGGAGCAGACUGAGGGUGACGCGUGGAGUGCCGUUUAUAUACAGACUGUACAGAAUGAAGAAGGCUCAGCUCAUGAAAGCAAAUGAGAGGCUGUUCACUGUCAAACUGUUGGAUCGUUACCGUGCAGCUCUGGAGACGGCCGUGCAGCUCUCCUGUCGGUACAACGUGCCCCCGUUCCCAGGACGUACUGUUGUCCUGCUCAACACAUGCAUGAGGGAAGAUCUCGACAUUAAGAAGAAACUGGACUUCUGCCUCCCACCAGAUUCUGAGGAGGAGGAAGAGGAGGAGGAGGGAGAUGAAGAAGAGGAAGAGGAAGAAGAAGAAGAAAAGGAGGAGAUGGAGGAGGAAGACAACAAGAAGGAGGAGGAGGAACAGGAAGUAGAUGAGGAAGAGAAGGAGAAAGAAGUAGUGGAGGAAAAAAAGAAGAGGAGAAGAAAGAAGAAGCCGAAGAAGGAGGAUGACAAUUUCACUCCAUCUGUGAAUGAGAUUGCCUCCCUGCUCUCUCUGAUGAUCUGCAGCAGUGCUGAGGACAGUCACCUCUACCUGUUUAAUUGGUAUGAAAGUGGAGAAGUCAAGCUGAAGUCUGAUGUCCUCCUGGAUAACGUCAGGACUGUGGGCAACACAUUAAAGAAAUGUAGACAGCGCACAGAGGGGGACAACAAUUUUCAUUCGUUGAUGUUCAACAACAAAAACAAGAUUGACAACAUCAUUGUGGUGACUGACUCCUGGACCAAUAAUAUGUUGGAGUGGGACAUCGGGAACUAUAAGAAGGACGUAAACAACAAAGCCCUCCUGGUGAAGAUCUACUUUUCAGAACCAGACCAAGAGCAGGUUUCCCCUGACAGGAACUGUAUACACCUCCAAGGCUUCAGUGAACAAAUGCUCAGGUUUGUUGCAGAGCGAGGGUCAUCCAGGCUGAUGGAACAUGUGGAGCAUUUAGACAAACUGUACAAUGUCCCUUCAUUAGAGGGAGCUAAAGGCCCCCAGACCUCAACCAACCUUGUCUCAAUACCAACCAGCCCGAAGUUAAGGUGGAGAAGUGUCCGCGUGUUUGUCUCCUCCACUUUCAGAGACAUGCACGCUGAGCGGGACAUCUUGGUGCGCAGCGUGUUCCCCGAGCUCAGGCGUCGUGCUGCUCAACACUGCCUCUACCUGCAGGAGGUGGAGCUGCGCUGGGGUGUGACGGAGGAGGAGUCGGAGCGGGCUGCAGAGCUGUGCCUGUCGGAGGUUUGUCGCAGCCAGAUGAUGGUGGGAAUCCUGGGAGAGAGGUACGGCCUGGUGCCUUCCAAACCUGUCCUCCCUGACCUGCCGCAGUACAGCUGGCUAGCAUCGGCUCCAGGCGGCAUGUCUGUCACAGAGAUGGAGAUCCGUCAGUUCCAGGCUCUUUACCCUGACACGGCACAGCAGCGAAUGUUCUGCUACUUCAGAGACCCAAACAUCACCAAAUCAGUUCCUGUGUCGUGGAGAUCUCAUUUUGCUCCUGAAUCAAAGGAGGCGGAGUCUAAAAUGAACUCUCUGAAGAGAAGUAUUCUGGACAAUAAAGUGAAGGUCACUAAGAAUUACUCGUGUGAGUGGGGAGGGGUUGUGGAUGGAAAACCAUAUCUGAAACGCCUAGAGGACUUUGGGAAAGCCGUGCUGGUCGACCUGUGGACGGCUGUCGUGAAGCAGUUUGUUGAAGAGGAUCAUGACGCCGAGGCCGUGUCUGAUGUGAAGGAGCAAGAGGUCCACCAGGGAGCGCUGCAGAGACAGUUCUUCGGCAGACAGAAGCUGCUGAGUGCAGCUGCAGAGAUGGUGGAGCAGGUCCAGACUAAAGGAGGGAUGAUGGUGGUGGAGGGAGGAGCUGGAGAGGGAAAAACUGUCUUCUUGGCGGCUUUAGCAGAGGCUCUCAGGACAGGAGUGAAGUCCAGGACAAAGCUCGUCUGUGAUGUCAUCACCUACUCUACAGCUGCCAGCCAAUCAGCUCAUUCUGUGGAGAACCUGCUCCGAUGCCUCGUUCAGGGGUUGAGGAAAAUGAAAGACACUAAGGAGGAGGCACCUCUACCUCACUCUUACAGAGAUCUGCUGUCAGAGUUUAACUCCAGUGUAAGUGACAUGAAGACGGUAAAACCUCUGAUGCUGCUUGUUGAUGGAGUGGAUCUCGUUCAGGACGGCAGAGGUCAGCUCGUCUCUGAUUGGAUACCACAGCAGCUUCCAAAGGGUGUUUGUUUGGUAGUAAGCAUCCCAUCCAAAGCUGCUCUCCUACAAACUCUGUCCAAGAAAAGAGGCAUCGUCCUGUUCUCUCUGGGUCAGCUCACCAUGCUGGACCGAAAAGAAAUCGUUCAGAAGGGACUGGACAGGUUCGGGAAGAAACUCAGUGACUCUGCAUUCAACAACCAGCUCCAGACGCUGGUGAUGAAGAAGGGAGCAGUGAGUCCUCUGUACCUGCACCUGGCCUGUGAGGACCUGAGGAACUACGCCUCCUUUGACAAGUUGAAGGAGAACCUGGAGGGCUUGCCUCAGUCUCUGGGUCAGUUGGUGCAGUACAGCCUGGACAGACUCUGCUCACAGCACAGAGGCAUGCUGGGACUCCGCUGGGCCCUGGCAGCACUCACUGUCAGCACCACGGGCCUGAGGGAGAGGGACUUCUACUCUGUACUUAACACAUGCAAUGACUUACCCUCAACCGAUGCACAGGUCACAUGGGAGGAAGUUCUUCACCUGUCCAGGAAGCCCAGACGACGCGUCGCAAUGGCAACUUUCACACAGAUAGUGCAGAGUCUACACAGUCUGAUUGGUUCGUCUCAUUGUUCUGACACCGAUGACCUGCUGAAUCUGACCAAUCCAGAGGUGAGGAGGGCCUUUGAGGACUUUCUUCUACCAACAGAAAAAGAUAGAACCAGAGCUCACCUUGUGCUCGCAGCUCACCUGUGGGCUCUAGCUAACUCACAGGGUGCAGACACCUUCCUGCACUGUGAGGCCAGCUCUGUCAUGCACCUGCCUACAAACCUGAUUCAAAGUGGUCAAACGGAGGCUCUUCAUUCUCUGCUCUCCAGCUACUACUUCCUAUUCGCUCAGGUACGCCAUGGCCUUAUACACCAACUCUUGGAGACCUACAGCCUGUGUGAUAACGAUCAUGACUCUGCAGCCUCAGUUGGUUCCCAAAGUCGCCUUGAAGACUGCCGUGGUUUCCUGAAGCGUCAUGCUCGGCUGCUCUCCUCCUGGCCGGCUCUUUUCAUCCAGCAAGCUCUCUAUGAGCCUCCUAAGACGUCUGCUCACACCUGGGCAAAGGGCCUCAAAGGAAGGGUCCGUGUUGUAGAGUGGCUGAAUAAUGAUAACAAACUUCAACAGGAGCCCAGUGAGCUGGUAUCGACCUUCUCCUCUGAACCGACCUGUGUGGUUGUGAGCUCGGAUGAAGAGCUGAUGGUGGUUGGCACCGGACAGGGAACACUGCAUAUCAUCAACACACAGACCGGACAGGAAGUGAAAUCCCUGCUGAGCAGCUGUGAUGGUAUCUCUAGCUGUGUGUUUCUCAAAGAUGGCCGCCUUGCUACCACCUCCUAUGACGGACGGAUAGAAAUCUGGGACAUCGAGAACAGCUGCAGGAGUGCUCUCAUUGAUGCCCACACUAACACAAUAACAGCAAGUGACAUCACUGCAGAUAGGAAGAACCUCGCAACCGUGUCUCUGGACUUCACGUUGAAAGUCUGGUCCUCGGCUAAAGGUAACGAGGUAGCAGCCCUUCACAGCUCCAGCCCUUUGAACUGUGUGACCUUUGACCCUGAGGGUCACCUGCUGGCUGCAGGAUGCUGGGAUGGGAAAGUCAUCAUUUGGAACUGGCUCCAGAAUAAAAUCAUAACAAACCUGUCCGGUCACCGGCGCUCCGUUCGCAGUGUCUCCUUCGCCCCCUCCUCCUCCAUGCUCUGCUCCGGCUCUGUGUCCGGAGAAGUCAGGGUGUGGUCGGUGCCCACCUCCACCUGUGUGGGAUGUUUCCAGGCUCACUGCGGAGCCACAGAGGCCCUCACCUUCCUGGAGGAGGGGAGCCUGCUGCUGACUGCCGGCUCUGAUCACAUGCUCCAUCUCUGGUCUGGGGGACUUGGAUGUUCAGUUACUACAUUAAAAAGUGAUGUGGGCGAGCAGGAGCCUCCUCGUAAGAAACAGAAAUCUGUGACCUCUGCACCGGCUGCUCUGUGUGUGGCUGUUAAUGGAGACUAUGCUGCUGUGGGAUAUCACGGUGACGGCAUUAAACUCUUCAGUCUGGAGUCAGGAGAGAAGAUCUGGGACUCAGGGCAGCUCGAUGUGACCGUGCCGUGCCUGCGGUGGGUCUAUCUGAAGGCAGAGCAGAGCGAGCCUGAGUUGCUGGUGUCUGCAGGCAGCAACAUUCGUCUGAGGAUCUGGAAGAAGAAAGAAGGAGUGGAGGGGCUGCACAGAGGUCUGGACAUGUGUGGGGGGUUUGGUCACCAACGUCGGCCCAUCCUGGCAAUGGAACAAAACUCAACAUACCUGGCUACAGCUUCAGAUGACUGCAGUGUUGCUCUGUGGCUGCUGAGCGAUCUGACUGAAGACCCCUUCAUGAACCCUCAUGCACUGCUGAAAGGCCACACAGGAGGAGUGACCUGUCUGUCUUUCAGUCCUGAUGGUGGACAGCUGUUGUCAGGGGGAAAAGAUCAGGCUUUGAUGGUUUGGGAUGUGAGUGUGACUCCUGCUGUUCUCUCCAAGUCGCUCCCUCACUCUCACAGAGACUGGAUCACCGGCUGUGUGUGGACUCCAGACUGUGUGGUAAGCUCAUCAAACGAUGGCAGGCUUUGUUUCUGGGAUCUGCAGGCAGCCAAAUGUCUCAAAGAAAUCUCCUGGACCAGUUCUCUCUCAUCAGUCUGUUGUCUGGGACAGUUUGUGAUGGCUGGCUGUGCAGAAGGAUCACUUCAUGUUUGGAACUGGGAGACAAACUCAGAAAUCAGCCACAUCGCUGCACACAAACAUCGUAUUCACCACUGCUCUGUUCUACCAAACACAGAUAAGAACAAAGAAGUCAACCCAGAGGAAAUGUCUGUCCUCACUACGUCUGAUGAUGGCACAGUGCAGCUCUGGAAACCACUACAGGUGGAGCACUUCAACACCUUCAAGGGUCACAGCGGCUCCAUACAUGGAGUCGUUCUCAAAGAGGGUCUCGCAGAAUUCCUCACUGUUUCUGAAGACUGCUCACUGCGAUGCUGGACGUUGACAAAAGAGGGUCCCUCCAGCCUGAGAGGUCCAGUCACAGCUCUGUGCUUCUCUCAGAGUGAUGAUCUGCUUCUUGUUGGUUAUGAAUCCGGAUAUCUGGAAAUUUGGCAGAACAACACCGUGAUCGGCCACAAGCAGAUUUCAACCAGCACCGUCACAACGAUCUGCUCCAUGCCUGAUGGCCAGUACGCUGUCAGCUACAUGGAAGCUGUUGAUAUUUGGAAGCUGGUGUGGAAUCAACAACACAGCAGAGCACGCCCGGUGAAGGUCAGUACGAAGGAGGUGAACAGCCGGGUGAUCUACCUCUUGUACUGCUCGGUCCUGAUAGCCGUGUCUCACGACGGAACGAUAUUUGACGUUCAUUUUACUGAGGGUUACGAAAGGUGGAGCCACACAGCAAUGAGGUGGCAUCACACAGUCAGAAUAUUGCAGGUGUUUAGAAAUGACGAAAAAAGCAUGUGGCUGGUGGGCGAAGCAGAGGGACAAGUUGCGAUAGGUUUCAUCUUUGCGAUUGGCCCCAAUCUAGAGUUGAGCAGAACUUUUGGCUGUAUGGAUAUGGACACUGAUGAGGAGGAGAAGAAGGGGAGCCUGAUCACAGCUGUUACUAUCAACAGAGAUUUAAUUGUGUGCGGAGACCUGAAGGGGAACAUGUGGUUUAAAUCCUCUCAAGAACCCUCUACAUGGCGCAACAGAAAACCUGCCCACAGUGACAGGAUCAGCGUGCUGAGACUCACUGACCGCACCAUCAUCUCCGCUUCCUACGACAGGACAGUGAAGCUGUGGGACAGAAACACCAAGAAACAGGUGGGAAUGUUUGUGUGUGGAGCUCCUGUUCGGUUUUUGGAGGUGAACCCUAAAAAACCCACCGAGCUGGUCUGUAGUGAUGCACAGGGAAAGCUCUACUUUCUCUCCUGGAAAGAAUAAUCCUUAAAAUGUUUCACACCAAAAUGACUAUGCCUUCCAAAGGUUGCCUUUCCUCUUUGCUUUAGUGGUAGCAAUUGUGCAAUAAACCUCAAAAUAGAGAGGAUACCUUUACACUUACAGGAAUGCAAGCUAUGAAAUAGCUGCUGAGCUGUGCCUAUAAUUUAGAUAUUAGGAAACUUGCAGAUGUAAUGCGCAAGUAUAAAACAAGCUUUAAAUAUAUUUGAUUUUAUUUGGUAUGAGAUGUUUUAUGUUAAGGUUUGUUUUAUUUGGAUAUUGGAUAAAAAAAUGUUUGAUCA